AUGACUGUCUCGCCUGUUGUAGUCCAUGAGAGCCAGUCACCUGCUUCCAGCAUUAGAUUGCAGGCUACCAGGCUGACGUCUUUAUCGCUUCGUCCUAACACUUUGCAAGAGGCAGGGGGAGAGCGGCCUGAAACCGGAGGAGGUCAGGACGUCGCUGAGCGUCUCAACCGAGUCACGAGGGAGAAGUUUGUCAAAGACAGAAAACUAGGUGAAGGCACGUACGCUAUUGUCUAUCUUGGUCAUGUGCGUGCCGAGCCAUCAGUACUAGUCGCAAUCAAAAAGAUCAAGGUGAACCCUGAAUACCACGAUGGAUUGUCGAUGGAUGCGAUUAGGGAGGUCAAGUAUCUUCAAGAGCUUUCCCACCCGAAUAUUAUUGCUUUACGUGCCGUUUUCUCUUCUAAGAAUCAGAAUUUGAAUCUUGUAUUGGAAUUCCUACCUUUGGGCGAUCUGGAGAUGCUGAUACGUGAUACAAAUGGUGUUCAAUACGGUACUGCAGAGGUCAAAGCCUGGAUGGGCAUGCUGGCCCGAGGAGUCUGGUUCUGUCAUGAAAAUUUUGUGCUGCACCGAGACAUCAAACCCAACAACUUAUUGAUCGCUGCAGACGGGGAGGUGAAAUUGGCGGAUUUUGGGCUUGCAAGAAGUUUCUCUGAUCCCUAUCGACCCAUGACUUGCCAGGUCAUCACAAGGUGGUAUAGGCCUCCAGAGCUACUUAUGGGAGCUAAGUUCUACUCUGGUGCUGUAGAUGUAUGGUCUAUGGGAAUGGUAUUUGCGGAGCUAGUCCUGCGCUCGCCAUUCGUCCCAGGGGCUACAGACUUCAAUCAGCUCGAGCUGAUCAACGAGCACGUUGGUACUCCUUCUGAAGAAAGUUGGCCGGGGGUUAGCAAGUUAGCCGGCUUUGUCAGCCUCGAGAAAAGUGUCUCUGGAAUACGUGACAAAAACUACUUCUUGUCACGAUUCGGCACGGUAGGACCGAUAGGUGUGGACUUGCUCAUGUCCACGCUGGUUUUAGAUCCUCGGAAGAGGUGUACUGCUCGGCAGGUCCUGGAGCAUAGGUGGUGGACAACUGACCCGCAUCCCACGGCCAAAGAAGACUUGCCCAGAAAAGGUGGUGGGCCUGAAAGAAUGGGAGAGGACCUCCAAAGACGGGGCGGCGAAGUGGAAGAGAGCCGCGGCGACAACGUUGCUAGGAGGCUGAAUUUUGGGUCUUAA